CAGGAGAAUCUCUUGAACCUGGGACGUGGAGGUUGCGGUGAGCUGAGAUUGUGCCACUGCACUCUAGCCUGGGUAACAGAGUGAGACUCUGUCUCAGAAAAUAUAUAUAAAUAAAGUAAAUAAAAUAGUCCCUCUUCAUCUUGCAUCCCUAAUCUUUAAUUCUUCUCUUAGAGAGCAAGGGUUAGCAAAUCUGGCCCACGGCCUGCUUUUUGUAUGGCUCUUGAGCUAAGAAUGAUGUGUGUAUUUUUAAAUAGAAGAAAUCUAAACAGGAAGAAUAUUUUAUGACAUUUGAAAAUUGUAUUAAAUUUAGAUAUCAGUGUCCAUAAAUAAAACUUUAUUGGAACAUGGCCAAUGUAUUUUUUUUCUUUUUUCUUUUUUUUCUGGAGACAGGGUUUUCCUCUGUUGUCCAGGUUGGAGUGCAGUGCCCCCACAGUCAUGGCAUGGUAGCCUCCAACUCCUCUUCCUGCCUUCUGAGUAGCUCCUGGGACUACAGGCAUGCACCACCAUGCCUGGCUAAUUUAUUUUUAUUUAUUUUUUUAUUUUGUGGAGACAGGUCUCACUAUGUUUCCCAGGCUGGUUUCAAACUCUCGGCCUCAUGGAAUCCUCCUGUUUUGGCCUCCCAAAGUGCUGGGAUUACAGGUGUGAGCCACCGCACGUGUCCUGUUCUUUAAAGCAUCAUCUACAGCUACUUCAACUCGGCAGAGCUGAGUUGGUGCCAUGGCAACUGUAAGAUCCAUAAAGCCGAAAAGAUUGACCGUUAGUUGUUUAAGGAAACGUAUGCUGACUUCUAUUAAUAGUUUGAUGAAUGUCUUCCCAAACUUUCAGAUCUGCAGAUAAAAUGUAUGCAUGUGCAUAUAUUGUAGUGGUUUUGGGAGCGGCUGACAGCGGGAGUUGUUUUAGAAAAAAGUUAAGCCAGGGCUGGGCGCGGUAGCUCAUGCCUGUAGUCCCAGCACUUUUGUAAGCCAAGGCGGAUGGAUCGCUUCAUUUCAGGAGUUCAAGAUGAGCCUGAGCAACAUGAUGAGACCCCUGUCUUGACAAAAAAUACAAAAAUUAUCCGGGCAUGGUGGCACAUAUCUGUAGUCCCAGCUACUUGGGAGGCUGAGGCAGGAGAAUCGUUUGAACCCAGGAAGCAUAGGUUGCAGUGAGCUGAGGUCGCACCACUGCACUCCAGCCUGGGUGACAGAGCGACACCCUAUCUCAAAAAAAAACCAAAAAGAAGAAGAAAAAAAUUAAGCCAUUGGGCCGGGCGCAGCGGCUCACACCUGUAAUCCUACAACUUUGGGAGGCCGAGAUGGGCAGAUUGCCUGAGCUCAGGAGUUUGAGACCAGCCUGGGCAACAUGGUGAAACCCCAUCUCUACUAAAAUACAAAAAAAAAAAAAAAAAAUCAGCCAGGUGUGGUGGCGGGCACCUGUAAUCCCAGCUACUCAGGAGGCUGAGGCACGGGAAUUGCUUGAACCCAGGAGGCGGAGGUUGCAGUGAGCCGAGACGGUGCCACUGCACUCCAGCCUGGACAACAAAGUGAAACUCUGUCUCAAAAAAAAAAAAAGCCAUUGCGUACAAACUGUUUUGCUGUGGCACCAUCCUUUUAUUCCUUUACACACUUGUAUGGUUCCCUCCCUACCUCUUGUCAUUCGGGUUUUUGUUAAAAAAUAACCUUCCCCAUCACCUUUGUUAAAAUUGUAAAACCCGCACACUUAAUACACCUGUUCCCCUUUUUGCUGCGUUUUUGCCAUUCAGCAAGCACUAUUCUACUAGUGUCCAUUUCUCCUGUGGCCCUGGAAUCUGGGGCAGGGGUCUUUGUUUCCUUCCCCUUCCCCAGCUUUUAGCUCAGCACCUGAGGCGUGGCAGGCCCUUUGCACAUGCAUGUAAAAGGGCCGUGUGCACAGAUUCAGCUGCUCCUGGAUGCUGUUAUCGCAGGUGCAUGUCCCACCUUCAGACCUGAGUUCUGCCCGCCAGGUGUUCGUCAGCUCAUUCCUCCUUUAGUCUUCACUCUGCCAAGCUAGGCAGUGUCACACGUGUGUACUGACGUGGCCGGGUGUCCCCUUUGCCCACAGACGCGGAUCUUGGUCAUGCACAGCAUGAGCUACUUGCCGCAGGUGGACGUCAUCAUUGUCAUGAGUGGCGGCAAGAUCUCUGAGAUGGGCUCCUACCAGGAGCUGCUGGCCCGAGACGGCGCCUUCGCUGAGUUCCUGCGUACCUAUGCCAGCACAGAGCAGGAGCAGGACCCAGAGGAGAACGGAUGGAUGACAUCCAGCUCUGCAAGGACAUCAUGGACUUGAAGCAGGAGCUGCAGAACUUGGUCGCCAUCCCAGAAAAAGAAAAAACCAAACUGCAGAAGCAGAGACAGGAUGAGCUAAUCCAGAAGAUCCACAAACUGGUGCAGAAGAGAGACUUCCUGGUGGACGAUGCGGAGGUCGAGCGGUUACGGGAGCAAGAAGAAGACAAGGAAAUGGCUGAUUUCCUGAGAAUCAAGUUAAAACCUCUAGACAAAGUAACCAAAUCUCCAGCCAAGACGGCAUUUCGCCAUGUUGGCCAGGCUGGUCUCAAACUCCUGGCCUCAACUGAUCCACUCUCAUUGGCCUUCCAAGGUGCUGGAAUUAUAGGCGUGAGCCACCACAACUGGCUCAGUAAGUACAUUUUCUAUUAUCAAAAAAGGGUAGUAUAUGAUUGGCGUAUUCUGUGUAGAAUGUAUUUUAUUGAUGUCUUCUAUUUUUGUAAUUUCUGAGUUAAGUACUUUUUAAUGGAUGCUUUUUAGUUUUGGGCAGAUUCAGUUGACUAAAGCACCUCAUUUCCCAGAUACAUGAAAUAAAACAUUUGGCUUCUUUUCCAAUUUCACACUGGUUAUUUUGUGAAAAUCAGUGCUUUAAGAUAAACCUUUAUACUUUAAGGUAAACAUGAGAAACUUGAUCUAAUAUUUAAUAUUUAUUCAGUUCUACACUUUAUUAACUUCUACACCAGCAGAUUUAAAAAUUAUGUAACUAUCUCAAGAAGUUUCACUUGGAUGUAAUGGUUCACGCUUGUAAUCCCAGCACUUUGGGAGGCUGAGGUGGGAGGACCACUUAAGGCAAGGAGUUUGAGACCAGCCUGGGCAAUACAGCAAGAUCCCAUCUCUAUUUUAAAGAAAAGUUUCACUUUGGGAUGCCAAGGUGGGCGGAUCACAAGGUCAGGAGAUUGAGACCAUCCUGGCUAACAUGGUAAAACCCCAUCUCUACUAAAAAUACAAAAAAUUAGCCGGGCGUGGUGGUGGGUGCCUGUAGUCCCAGCUAUUCAGGAGGCUGAGGCAGAAGAAUGGCAUGAACCCGGGAGGCGGAGCUUGCAGUGAGCUGAGAUUGCGCCACUGCACUCCAGCCUGGGCAACACAGCGAGACUCCGUCUCAAAAAAAAAAAAAAAAAAAAGUUUCAGCAAAUUCCACCUAAGAAUUCCACCAGAGUUCUGUUGUCUCCAAUGUCAUCUUCCACAGAUUUCAAGUUGUGAGGCCCUGAACUGUUAGUUUAUCUUGAGAAUGUAUAUUUAAGCUUAAAGACUAUAUACCUAAAAAUUGAGCAUAUAAUUUGUAUAAUUUGUUUAUGUAAGUUUCUGUAAGUCGUAAGUAUGUAGUUUCCAAGUGUAUAAUUUAUCUGAAUGUAAUAGGCAUUAAUAUAUUUUACAUUAUUGGGACCAUAGUACAGAAAUUUCUAAAUGGUUUGUAAAAUAACUUGUUAUUUGCAUUGUUGUAAAAGUAGUUAAUACAAUGGAAAAACUCGUAAUAAGAAGGCAUAUUUUAACAUCAAAAAGUUUACCCAAGGUAAUUAUAAGUACUACCUGGCAAAACUUUACAGAAGCUGUGGUAUCACUUUUAUGAUGGAAGAAUAGUGUUUGCAUUUUGUGUAAAAGUACUUGGGGCUGGGCGUCGUGGCUCAUGUCUAUAAUCCCAGUGCUUUGGGAGGCGAAGGCAGGUGGAUCAUCUGAGCCCAGGAGUUUGAGACCAGCCUAGGCAACAUGGCAAGAGCCUGUCUCUCCAAAACCUACAAAAAUUAGCCAAGCACGGUGGUGUGAGCCUGUAGUCCCAGCUACUUGGGAGACUCACGCACGAGGAUCUCUCAAGCCCAGGAGGCAGAAGAUGAAUAAAUAAAUGGAUGCAACUGAAUGAGAUGAGGUCUCUCUUGAAGGAGAGAGCAAAAGAGAUUUAAAUAAUAACAAUUAUAAUAAGGCUGGGCAUGGUGGCUCACGCUUGUAAUCCCAGCACUUUGGGAGGCCAAGGCAGGCGAAUCGGUUGAGGUCAGGAGUUUAAGACCAGCAUGACCAACACGGUGAAACCCUGUCUCUAUUAAAAAUACAAAAUUAGCUGGACAUGGUAGUGCAUGCCUGUGGUCUCGGCUACUCAGGUGGCUGAGACAGGAGAAUCGCUUGAACCUGGGAGGCAUAGGUUGUAGUGAGCCGAUAAAUAUAAAAAGUAUUAGAGUACUAACAGAGGAAAGUUUCCACUGAUCACCUUUUAGCUUUAAAUAAUGCAGAAGCACUUGCCCAGUUUACUUGUAAUUAAAAAUCAUGCAUCAUUCACAAUUUAUCAGUCUUUUUUGUUUGUACAAAAACUAAUACAAAUUAUUCUCUUUUAUCUGUACUGUGAUUGGUUUGGUGAGAGGGAAUUAGGCCACUUGAGAAUUUGUGUGUGUUUAAAAUUUUCUGGCCAGGCACGGUAGCUCAUGCCUGUAAUCCCAGCACUUUGGGAGGCCAAGGCGGGUGGAUCACUUGAGCUCAGGAGUUCGAGACCAAACUGGGCAACAUGGUGAAACCCUAUCUCUACCAAAAAUACAAAAAUUAGCUGAGUGUUGUGGCUUGUGCCUGUCCUCCCAGCUACUUGGGGGGCUGAGGCAGGAGGAUGGCUCAAGCCCAGGAGGCAGAGGUUGUAGUGAGCUGAGAUCACGCCACUGCACUCCAGCUAGGGCAACAGAGCAAGACUCUGUCUAAAAGAAAAAAAAGAAAGAAAAGAAAAUUAACUUUGGUAUUUCAGGUUGUAUUUAAAUGGGGACUUCACAUGAACUAUGUUCAUUACAGUUGACCAAGUUAAGUGUAGACAGUCUCUUUAAUAGAGAGAUUAUCUGGAGCUGCAAUUUCUAACUCAUACAUCAUUGCUACAAAUCUUAUUUGUUUACUGUUUCUCUUCCAAGGACCGUCAGUCAUCCUUUAAAAUUCAUUUGAAGCUCUGAAAAGAUAUUUUUUGUUACAUGGGCAAUUUACUUUUAAUACAGUAAAAUGUUAUGUGAAUUUCUACAGUAUGUUUGCCAAAAUGAAUUAUAUCUAGAAUAUGCUUAACAAUAUAUUCUGGAGGCAGCUUUCAUUUGAAAUUAGGUUCAUCUUCUGAAAGUAUUAAAAAGUUAAUGGGUUUUUGUGCCUGAAGAUUUUGAUGUUGCAUUUGGCUACAUUUAAUCCACUUUCACCCAUAAGGUUUAGCAUCUAAAAAAAUUAAAUCACUGCUAAUGCAAUUAAAAUGCAUUAUGAAAUGCAUUUCUG